AUGCAAAAGCACCUCACCACAAUGCCGGGCACCCCAUAUACCCUGAAGCCUGUAAACUACGACACUUUCGAGCCGCCCUUCAUUCUCACUUGCCGCCUCCUUCGCCACUCUGCACAGCCCAGGAAGUUUGUCGCAGACAUGGUCUCCAAGCAACUGAGGCUUCCAGAUUUGAUCCGAGUGCCAUCCUGGCAUUCGAAAGCUUCGAAGCCAGACCAUGGCCAGUACCCGGAGCUAUCCGACACGGCACUGGGGCAAUUGGCCACGAGGCUCUGCGUGAAGGGAUCUUCGGCUUCGCUUCGAGAGAGGUUUUGGCGUCGCUGCAACGGCCAGCUCUACAAGACUCUGAUUGACCAGUUUCGGCGGUCGGGCAAAUACAAGAUCCCGACACCGUGGUGUAUCCCUGGGGCUAUGCAGAAUAACCAAUACAGGGACGAAGCUGACCGGGUCCUCAACGCCUUCUACGCCACUCAGGCAGACUGCAACUCGCGGCGCGAGUACUCCAAGCGGGAGGAAUUCUGCAUAAACUUCCGGGCAAAGCUGCAGAUAUUUCCGAGCGAGGAAGAGCGCGGUCGCUUCGCUUAUGCCCUCUACUGCAGAAUGUACGACACGGCCGGUGAAAGGAUGAAUGUCGGAACCCUCGAAGCUGCGGAGAGCUUCCUAGGCGCCGUUUGGGAGCUCUACGGCCCGGACUGCCCGGACUUGCUGAGAUUCUUUGCCACAAAAGGAGCUUCAGUGCCGCUGGCCAACGUGAGCAAAGACGUUGUCAGCCGGCUUCAGUUCCGGCCCAGGUAA